AAAAAAAUUGCCAUGCAAUCGUGUGGAAAUCCUCUUUUUCUUCAAUGGGUAAGUGAAUGGAUGCAGGAAGCAAAAGAAAAGAAUCGAAAAUCUUAUAAUGUUUUUAAAACUGCAUAUAAUUCAUUAUUAUCAUGUCCUAUAACAUUUUCAGAUCCAAGUCAAGUAAAAAAAUUAAAAGGAAUAGGAAAUAUUAUAUCUGCGCGUUUAGAAGAACGUUUAAAAGAAUAUCAACGUACUCAUAUAGAUUUAAAUAUUCAACACCAAGCUAAUAUAGAUGAUUCUUUUUUUUCUCAAUUAGAAUUACAUCCAAAGUCUGAAACAACUCAAAAAUCCUUCCAGCAAAAAACAAAAACACAAACAUCAAAAACAUACAUACCUGGAUAUAGAUCUAAAUCAUUUGCAAUUCUUGUUGCACUUUUUAAAUUUAAUGAAGACACUGCAGUUUCAAAAGAAGAAAUAUUAAACAUUGCAAGACAUUACUAUGAUAUAAGCGAACAUAAAAAUAUACAUUUAUUAUGGAAUGGAAUGAAAAUUCUUCUAGAAAAAGAAUAUGUAUAUAAAACAGUAAAUCCAACAAGAUACUAUCUUACUGAUUCUGGAAAAGAGGUAGCGGCUGCUAUCUCUAGCUCAAUAUUUUCAAAUGAAAUCAUAGAAAAAGAAUUUCCCUUAAACAAUGAGUUUAAAAAAAACAAAAAAGAAAUUCAAGAAAAUUAUCAUGAAAUACAUAUGAUUAAAGAACUAGACCAAAAUAUAGAAACGGAAAAAAAAACAUUGAAAGACAUUCCAAAAUCACUAAUACACGAUACAAUAUUAAACAUCUCAACAAUUCAACAUAAUUCAUAUUCUAUUAUAUUAUUAUUAGAUACAAGAGAAAUGAAAACACAAAAAGAUAAAGAAUUCAUUGAAUAUUACUUAACAAAAGAAUCUAUAGUUUUCGAAUUUCGAACAUUAGAAUUAGGUGAUGUUUUAUGGAUUGCAAGAUGUAAUACAACUAAAAAAGAAUAUAUUUUAGAUUUUAUUAUAGAAAGAAAAAGACUAAAUGAUCUUGCAAACAGUAUCAAAGAUGGAAGAUUUCAUGAACAAAAGUUUCGUCUAUCUAAAUCAUGUUUAAAACAUGUAAUAUAUAUUAUCGAAAAUUGCAACUAUAAUUUCACAGAUUUCAAUAUUGAAGCCAUACAUUCAGCUAUUUCAAGCACUCAAAUUAUUAACGGUUUUUUUGUAAAAAGACUUUCGGGACUAAUGGAAACAAUCAAAUAUAUAGUGAGAUUAACAAGAUAUAUUUCACAAAUUUAUAAAACACAAGAUCUAUGCAUUAUCAAUAAUGACAAUAUCAACUUACAAACUUAUACAUUACAAAAAAAAAUGAUUAACUCCACUUAUUCGAAACACUCAUAUGUUAUCGAAUACAGUACAUUUUCAGAUUUUUUAUCAAAAACAGCAUCUUUAACUUUAGGCGAUUUAUUUCUUAAAAUGUUAUUAACAAUUAAAGGUGUAAGCCCAGAGAAAGCAAUUGAAAUACAAAAACAUUUUCCAACAUUAAAUGACUUAUUAACAUCGUAUUAUAAAGAAACAAUAGAAUAUGAAAGAGAAAUCAUGAUUGCAAAAAAAUGCACAAAUUACGGAAGAAAAAGUAUAUCGCCAUUAUUAUCAUCAAAAAUAUACAAAGUUUUUAAAUAA